UUAACAUAUGCUUAUAGUAGCUUGCGUCUCUUUAACCUCUAAUCUCUAACGUGUUGUCCCGUCAAAUGUUUACGUGAACAAAAGUUUAAAACUUCAACAAGAUGACAGAACAAGAUACUGAAAUUGAUUGUGUAUUACGGCCGAUGAAUUGCGAGAUUAAUUUACUAUCAAGAUCUGAUGGUUCCACAAUGUUUAUGCAAGGUGAUACAACAAUUAUCGCAGGUAUAAAUGGGCCUAUGGAAGCAAAAAGCCAAAAAAUGGCAUAUGAUAAGGUUUCGAUAGAAGUUACGUAUACGCCUCUUAAAGGACCAGCUAAGGUGAAUGAUAGAUUAAUUGAAACAUAUAUAAAACAGACAUGUGAAUCUGCUAUAUUGGUUUCCUUUCAUCCUAAUACCAUGGUGUGCAUUAAUCUGCAAGAGUUGCAAGAUUCUGGUGGGUUAUUAGCUUGUGCCAUUAAUGCAUCAUGUUUGGCACUAAUUAACUCAGGGCUCUCUAUGAAGUACACUAUUGCAGCUGUGAGUUGUAUGUUAGAAAAAGAAACAGGAGAAUUAAUUAUUGAUCCUGAUAAUACACAAUUAAAGAAUGCAAAAGCGGAAUUUACAUAUGCAUUUGACAGUAUUAACAAAGAUAUUGUAUGUUGUCAUAGCAUUGGUCGAUUCUCUCAAAGUGAGUUUGUAGCAUCUAUAGAUAAGUGUAAACAAGUCAGCCAAUAUGUAUUUGAUUAUUAUAGAGAUAUUACAAAAAAUUAUGCAAAUACAUUAUAAUAAUUUUUCUACAACAA